AUGGCAAGCAAGCUUGGGUGGCUUGUGGCGCUCUGGGUUUGUGCAUGGCAAGCUGAACCUGUAUUGGCAGACCUUGUUGUGGAAACUGCCAAUGGGCCGGUCCAGGGCGUGUACCGGGACGUUGCAGAGAAGACAGCUUCAUGGUGGGGCCUUCCCUACGCUCAGCCACCGACCGAAGAGCGCCGUUUCCAGGCGCCUCAGCCGUUCCUGGGAUUUUGGACUGAGCCGCGCCAGGCCACGAGGAUACCACCAGAGUGCACGCAGUCGGCUGGACGGUCUGUCAGCGGCCAGGAGGAUUGCCUCUACUUGAAUGUCCAUGCCCCUGUGCCCGACGGAGCGACAUCCCGGCCCGUGCUCGUGUGGCUCUAUGGUGGUGGCUUCUCAGUCGGCGAUAGCUACUCCAUGGGUCUUUACGACGGCCAGCACUUGGCCUGGAAGCACGAG